CUCAAACCUAACCUCAACGGCUCUCCGAAAAAUUUCUCAUCGAUCAGAUAUUGCAAACUGCAAAAAUUUGUUUACAGUCCCUCGGACAAAUGUUUACCCCCUCAAUAUCUCCCCAGAACGAUCCCCCCAGUGUUGAAUAAUAAAAUGGAAUUACAAAAUGUGAGAGAUAAAGUCGAAUCAUUGGAAAUUGGACGAGACGAACUGUUGCAGGAAACCGAGUGAUUUCAGAGUGGUUUAUCAGGGAGUUGAUCAUUGGGUCAUGGCACUGGAUGCUAUCGGCAGGGGUAUGGAUAGGCUCCAGGAGAUCAACAUCAAGAUACACAAGAGUCAUUUGACUUAUUUGCAGACUGACGACAGCCCCUCGAAGAUUCAAAAGAGGCUGAAGUUGGAGGGAUUCAUCAAGGAGUACCUCUGCCUCGUCCCCAACGAGAGCAAAUACGUAUUCCAAGAGACAGCCCACAUUCUCCACCGAUCAGCCUCAACCCUCAACGACUUCAGUGGUUACCGAGCCUGCGAGGCCUGGAGUGCAAUUUCCAUGUACGCCUCGAAUCUCCUAGCCCAGCCCUGGCGAAAAGAGUACCGAACCCUGCGCACGUACUCCGGCUACUACAAGCACGAGAUCGAAGCGAAUUUAAUCGGCGCCGAGUUGAUGUUCGAACUGAUGGGUUACAAGCACACAGGCCUGGGGACCCUGACCCUGGAGGGGCCCAUCGAUCCAGACAGGGUCUCCUCAGUGAGCCGAGACGCAAUCGUCGCCUUCGUCGAGUGCCAGAUACUCAAGCAAAUAUGGGAGGCCAUCUCCAAGAACUUUAAAAUCUCGUGGCUUGAGGUCUUGGAGUUCAGGGAGAAUCAGGUGGGCACACCUGACACUGCCAUCAGGGCACUCACUCACAGGUUCUACGAACGAUUGCAUCAGAAUAGAUCCAAGGCUGAUGUUUACAGGGAUUAUCAUCAUCAGACGAUUCUCGAUCAGGUGCCUCCAACUACCGUUCCUUAUCACAUUAUACCGAAUAAUUUUAAUGGCCCUGUUACCAUCAAGCCUGAUUACUGCUAUCCUGAGGAGAACUACAGGUACUUCCAGCCGUACUGUCUCCCCCAGGCCCCGAACAGGUUCUACGGAGGUCUCCCAGCUGAGCCAUACUACAAUCCCCUCUACGCGACACGUCUGCCCACCGAGAGACUAAUAGAGAUUGAGCCUCCGCUGUCAGUCGUCAAUUUUGAUAAGCCGAUCUACCGCAAGUCUCAUCGAGAAGAGGAGAUCGAUCACUCGAGACGAAAUCCCGAGGACGACUACUCGAGAGUCGAGCGAAGGCCCAUGAAGACGUCGACGAGCCUCGACUCAGCCCCCAACGACUCCUGGGACUAUGUCUACAGGUCUCUGGACAAUGUGCGGUACUCCAAGGACGUGGGGGAGAGGGAGGACAUCCUUAAGAAGCGAGAGAAGAUAAAACGAGAGAAACACUCGAGUUUUGAGACUGAGGAGAAGACCUCCAAGGACAAGAAGAGGUUCUCCAAGGGGUUCAGUGAGGACAAUUGCUUCAAGAAAAAAGGAAGUGUGGAUUUGCUGGAUCUGGAUUUGAGGGACAGCUCGGGACAGAGUGAGGAGAGGAUGAGCAUUCAGGAGAAGAUCAGGAAAUUCAGUCAGGGACAGCCGAAGAACUACCAGAAGGUUGUGGAGUCAGUGAAGAACCUGACGAUUGGCUCCAAGGAGGAGAGGAAGGGCAGGGACGACAAGUGGGACUGUUCUACUUGCACUUAUUUGAAUUCUGCGGACAGGGACAUCUGUGAGAUGUGUAAUAAGAGCAGGAGGAAGGGAAAUGAGGACAAACCUUUGGCUAGUGGGGGAAAGGAGUGCCCCAAGUGCACUCUGGUGAAUGAGAAGGAUGCAGAUAAGUGCGAGGCUUGUUUCACGAGUCUCAAGGACUCGCCGACCUAUAUUUAGUUGAGGGCCGCGAGGGAUUGAGGAGUUUCAAGUGUUUUCUUUUCUUUGUCUUUUUUUUUUUCGAGGGUUCUGAGUUUUUGAGUUCUAGGCCCAAUCGGAGAUUUUCUGCGGGAGUUGUGGGGAUUCCCCGUGGCCUAGCGGCAACUGUGUUCGAUAUUAAUAUCAAUUGGAGGGAGUAAGCACAGUAUUCAGAGGGGAAUCAGUGGUGAAGGGGUAAAUGACAUUAGUUGGUUUAAUUUUUCAAGAUUUUCGUGGGAUUGAAGGAAGGAAAAUAAGGGAUUUUUUGAGAUCCAUUUUUUCAGAGGAUUUUCGAAACUACGGGAAAUAACUUUGCAAACGUUUUGAUAUUUUUCUCAGUUUUGAAGAUAUUUUCCAAAAACUAGAGGGGAAUUCGAGUCGACUCUUUUCAUUUUACCAUUUCCCCACUGAAAUCACUCAUUGACAGCAUUAUUGAUUGCCUAAUUGUUUGAUACUUGUGAAAUUUAGACAAUCUGAAAAUUAUAUUUCAUCGGUGAACCAUUGUUCAUUGGCUGAGAGAAAAUUGCGUAUCCAAAGUGUUAUAAAACGAAAUUCUGCUUUGAAGUAAUGAAACGAUGAACCAGUUUCACUCAUUCAGUUGAAGAUGUGAUUAUCAGCUACAAAAAAUCUAUUGACAUUUUCCCCUAAACCUAUUCCAAAGAAAUUUUCAAAUUUUUUAAUCACGUUUUUCCACUUCAAUGCAGAAUUCAAUAAAAAUUGACGAGUUUAUCCUGAAAGAGGAGAUAAUUAUGGAGCUUAUGAGUUACAAUAUAUGUCUGUUAAAUAUAAACGUAAAUUAAUAUUACUGAAAUCGCCCACAGACGUUUGUGCCCUCACAUUCCUAAUUUCUUCUCCAUUAUAAGAUUUUUUUUUCUCUCCUCUGUUAUUUAUGAUUUUUCCUGUGCAAUAUUACUUUAAUUAAUAUUUAAUAUAAGUACGUUAUUUAAAAACACGGGAAUAGUAUUAGAUUUCUACUUUUUACAUUGAAAAUAUGAAAGCUUUUGAAUUAUUAACCCACCGUGAAUAGAAUUUUAGACGUUCGAUUUUUGUUUGAAACAAAAUAUGAACUUUGUUUUAUGAGAUAUAAUUAGUAACAGAGUCUCCCAUAGAUGAUAAGCAAGUAGUUGAGUUUAAGCACAAACAUAAUAUUGGUUUAAUCGUUCAACAAUGUGGGACUUAUUAAGAAACAAUAUUUAUUCACGAAAUUCUGCACUGAAGUGAAAUGAAUAAAAUCAUCAAUUCACUGAAUGGGAAUUGAUGAUUUGGUCCAUUGACUUCUGGUGUUGAAUUUAUAAAACGAUAAUGCGCACCUUGAAAUGUCUAGAUAAAUGACGAGAUGACAUUGUAUUAAUACGUAAUAUGAUAUUUACAUUAGUUGAAGCUUCAAUGAGCUAUAAAAGAAUAUUUAAAUCAAUCGUUUUGAAGAUUAUAAACAUAUGAACUAACUAAGAAUGUUGAUAUUUUUUCAAUCUACGUGUAGACUCCAUUUAUGUAAGGGUAUGUUAGGAGGGAAUGUAAGAGGCUGUUGUAAAGAGAAUUAAUAAAUUUGUAUGAAGACUAGUGAUAAUUAA